AAUAAAGCGAGCAGCCCCACGUAACACACCCAUGGCAUCUGUGCUGCGUCGGGAUCCAUAGGUCACGAAGGUGUGAUGCCCAGGAAUCUCCUGGUGGAUCCUCCUGAAAUGGCAUCUGAAACCUCUCCAGAGCACACUCAUGGGAGCAUGGAAAGGGCUGGCACUGUGGAGAACCAUGGCAGCCAAGCUAGGUGCAGGAAUCUUGCCUUGGAUGAUGACAGUUUGAAAUACUUAACUCAUGAAGAACAGGAUGUUCUCAUGUUCUUUGAGGAAACCAUAGAUGCCUUAGAAGAUGACUUGGAGGAGAUGGCCCUGCGUGACAGUGGCAUCCACUGUCAGUCCCCAAGGUCAACAGAGGAAAAUGUGUCCAGUCAUUCAGAGACUGAAGAUAUCAUUGACUUAGUGCAGUCAACCCCUGAGGGCAGUGACCAUGAGGGCCCUUCCAGCAGAGACACAGCACCAGUGUUGGAUGCGCCUGGGAGAGCCGAGAGCCCUCAGCCGGCUGUACCUGCUGACCUUCCUCCACACCCCCCUGCACCGCCCCCAGCGGUGUCCGAGAGCCUUCCUCUUCCUCCUCCACCCCCUGCUCCAGUGCAGCACCCGAAGCUGCUCCGUUCUGUGCCCACUCCUCUCAUCGUGGCCCAGCAGAUGUCGGAGCAGCAGCAGGGGGAGAGCCGGGCGCGCUUCCCCGACAGGAGGAAAGGCCCGGUGGCCAACGGGGAGCAUUGCCCAGCAGCCAAGCACCCUCCUGCCCCCGCCCCCAAGCUGCACCGCUUCCCCAGCAACAUCAACAUAACAAAUGUCAGCGGCAAGGAGUUCAGCGAGACCAUUUCCAAGGCGGCGGUGAACGUGCAGGAGCGGCGGGCUCAGGUGCUGGCCAACAUCAAUGGGGGAGCUCUUCUGGCAGCUGAACUGGAGGAGAGGCUGCACAAAAACGAUUUCCUGUCACGGAACAGAAGUUCUUCCCUACGGGAUCUCUCCUCUGAGCAAACUCGCUACGAAGCCCUGACCAAACUCGGCCUAGUCAAGGGAAAGCCAGCUCAGGACCAAGUGGACCAUGCCCCCAGCACUCAGCAGCCUGAUGUGCAGCCCAAGCAGCCAGAGGCUGUUACCAAUGGAUACCAAAACAUCAAUGAGAUUUUAAAAAGCGAGCCCAGCCCUUUCCUUCCUAUGGGCAAAACUGUAACAAUCAGACCAGAGGUGGCUCUUGCCACUAACAAAGUCAGCAGCCCACAGCAGAGCACAGAAAAAAGUUGCAGUGAUUAUAAACAAGCUGGUGUAAGCCUGGACAUGAGGAGGAGGUCAGGUUCUCUGCCCAGACCUCCAGGGUUUCGAUCCCAAGGGAUAACGGUGAAGUUUUCCGGCCGUGGCUCCACUGAAGAAGCCAGGAGAGAGGCACUCAGGAAACUGGGACUGCUGAAAGAGACUGCCUAACGUGGAUGGGAAUGUUGUGGCAGCAGGGGGAAAGUCAUAGCAUGGCUUUGUGCUGGAACACUCCCAGCAGGAUUGGGAUCAAGUGGAUUGGAAGAAAAAAGGGAAAGUUCUCUGCUUCAGGCAAGCCAGGAAGGUAUUGAACACUGUGGAAUGGCCACUUGUGUUUAUCCCAGGACUGGCACCACGUAGGGCCAUGAACAGCAGUGGGGUUUGGCUCUCCUUCCUACAGAGAAACUCAUCUGUUGCUCUUUGUGACUGAGAGGAAUUUUAUUUAAUUAAAAUAAUUAGCAGGCAGCAUCUCGUUAAUGAAGUGUACAGUGCAGUAUUGUUGUACAUAGCAAACUGAACAGCAAAUCUUGCUUUUGCUCUUCUUGAAGCCAAAACAAAGAGCUCUGUCUGUCCUGCCCACAUGUCUGUCUGUCUGUCCAUGGAGCUCGAGAUAAUGUCACAGCUGAAAUUUCUGACAGUGUGAUGCCCUUCUGUGACUUUUUGUUGUCUGUCUUAGCUGGCUUGGCUUCUUUCCCUGCCAGUAGUGGAGACUCCUGCUCCCUCCCUCUCCCCUUGACUCAAACUGUGCCCAGGAUGGCUCCAGCCCCGGCCUUCUCCUGGCAGAGCAGCCCAGGCUGUGCAGGGGGACUGCUCACUCUGGAGCUGCCCUCCCCUCCCACAGCUGCUUCUGUCACACCUGAGUCACCCACGUGCCCAGAAAGGCACCUGGAGAGCCCCAAGGACAUGCACUGACAGCCAAAGAUCUCCUGACAAUCUGUGACCACAACUGCUCUGUCCCAGGGAGAAUCCAACAGCAGGGAAGCCAUAGGAACAACUUAACUCUGUACCAAAAGCAGCACCUGUAUGUUAAAAGUCUUCUCUUUCAUGUUGGGGUUCCUGGGAAGGAGCUGCUGCUUACUGAACAGUAGCUGUACCACACAAAUUCUGUUACUGCUAAAACUGUCAUUUGGUCUUCCUGUACUUUGACAGCCCUGAUAAUCCUCUGCUCACAGCCUUAUUUCAUUCUGCCCUGCCAAUGCAUAACAGAAAUUACAGCCAAAAUUCUUGCAGGCUCUGUGGAGUUUCAGGAGAGCUGCACACCUUUCCUGAACGGUCCAAGUUGGUGGUAUUUUGCCUUUGUUCAAUACACAAGCUGGUAAAGAUGGUCCCAAAAUAUAUUUUGUGUGUUAGUAUGUUUUGGGUUUUUUUAAUGUGGCAAAGCUGCCCUUCCACAUUGAAACUCCUUCCCUUUUUUGUAUUACCUGAAAACAUCAAGAAUAGCCACUUUAAAAUCAAAUGCCAAACUCUCCAUUUUUUUGUUGUUGUUAUUCCUUCACGUUUGAUUUCUCAGUGUUUUGGAUUUUUUUCUAAAGGGAAGAACUGACUUAACUCUCUGCACUUUCUGAAGCCUCGACCAAGACAUUCCUUCUCCAGAGCAGCUGAGCAAUAAACCUUGGAGAAGGAGGGGUGGCUGCAGCAGAAACUGACACACCCUUUGGCGAGGAGCAUAACUGUGAUAAACAAGUUUGUAGUUCUUGUGAUAAAGUAUUUCAAACUUGCUGAGCUGUACCUGUAAAUGAAGCUGUCGUGAAGGAAAAACCUUUGUGUCAUUCUCAACCUGCCUCAUAAGUUAAGGGGUUUUUUUGGGGGGUUUUUUUUGUUGUUUUUUUUUUUAAAUUAUCUGCUUGCUGCUUAAAUUUUUAUUUGUGUUGCUCCGGUAUCUGGCUGGUUCUGUUAUGUAGUUCCUCUUUUCAGCGUUUUCACUGGGUAAGUGAUCAUGUUGCUCAUUGUGACAGGCUUGCUAUACAUAAGCAAUCAGUAAUUAAAAUAUGUGGCCGUUCCUGGGCUGGCAGAGCACUUGGGCAUGCCUAAUCCAACGUGAGAGGUGCUGCUGAAGCCAGAAAAGGCUGCUUGUGUGCUGCAGGUAAAGCCCAGGCUUGUUCUGCUGGGCCCUGAGUCUGCAGCCCCAAAUCAGAAACACUGGGAGCACAGAAAAUACACCCAGGCACGUGCUGCACUGCAGGCUGGAAUGCAGGCUGACAUGUGGAUGAUGCAUCAUAAUUUAUUAACCUGAUAAGUAAAUUUAAAUAUUUCAUGGCCUUUGUGCUUUUGAAUCCUGGUGAAGCAAAUUCUUCAUUAGGAAUGUGAAGUGCGUCUGAAGCAAUCUCCACAUCUAAUCAUUGCUGCCAGCUCCUCUGGAGCUGUUUACAGCUGAGAGUCCUUGCUAAGCAAACGAGGGGGAAAAAACCCUGACCCUGUUUCAUUGAAAUUCAGUCUAGUUCAAGAACUCUGUAAUGUCACUCUACUUCAAAAUACCCCAGAUAGUUAAUAUCUCAAGUUGCUGGAUGCUGAAUUAGCUGGAUCGUGUUCUCUCAUCCUUUGUGCAGGGCUGUGUCCUCAACUGGUGGGAAGUGAGAGUCAGAUCUGCAUUAGGGAAAGCAGAUUCUGCCCAGGGAGGACUUGGAACGAGGUAUUCAUUGUGGCCCUUCAUCAUAGCAGAUAAAUUCUUCUCUGUGCCUAAAACUGUAGUGAGUAAAGCCAUGUACUAAAUGAAGUUAAGUCUAGCUGCUAAUAACCUGUAUAUAAAUUCAGCUCUAUUUUGUGUAUCUUGUCUUGUGUGUAUAUGUUGCUGUGAUUUUGCUUUCUUUCCCUUUGUGCUAGAGGUAACUGUCUUGCACAAAUCUGAUAAAUCAUCUGUUAAACUAGAAUAAACCCAAUGAAAUGAUGGCUGA